AUGGCGGAAGCGGUACAUAAGCUUCUGGAGGAGAUGCUCCCGGAGUUGGAUGAAUUCCAACACAAGGGCAUCUUCUCAGCAGCAGAGAUCAAAGCAAUUGUGAAGCGCAGAACGGAUUUUGAAUAUGCGCUGAGAAAACGGACAACAAAGAGAAAUGAUUACAUCCGAUACAUAGCAUAUGA